AUGGAGCAAGGCAGGGACUGGACUUGGUUUGGAAUCGAUAUAUCAGGUAAAAGUUUGAAGGAAGCAGAGAGGAGACAUAAAACUUAAUAAGAAGAUAAGAAAAAAUAAAUUUAAAAAAUAUAUUUGAUGGAAACAAAAGCAGAUUCAGAUUCUACUUUGUUUAGAUCCAGAUUACCUUAGGAUUUAUAUUUUGACUUUGUGAGUAUGUAAGUUAUGGCGAACUUGUUAUUUCUUCUGAAUAAACUGUUGAAAAUAUGUUUGAAGUAUUUUAAACAUUUAUUAUUUCAAGAAUAUUGCAUGUAGAUUGACAAACUAAGGAAUUGUAUUAAUGACAAUAACUGAUGCAAAUGUUUUAGUUAGAAAAAUGAGUGAAUUUACAAUAAAAGACUAUGAAGGUAAUUAUGUAUAUUCAAAAAACCAAUAUUUCUCAUUAAAAUUUAAGAAUCUUUAAUUCCCUAAAAAUAAACCAUUUGGUUAUUAAUACUAUUUUUAUUUGGAAGAUUCAGUUGGAUUUAAAGAAGAUAAUUAAAUUAAAUAUGUACCAGAAUAUUUAAUCGAAUUAUAAGCAUUUGAAUAGAAGGCUAAAGAAUAUACUCUGGAAAUCAUUGAAAAUUUGAAUUUUAUUGACUUCUUUGAAAAAUAUAAAUAAAAACACUCUUAUUUACUCAAAAUUAUGGUGAAACCUCCAAGUGAUGAUUGA